AAAGGUCUCGCGCUCGCAUCCCCUCUCCUCCUCCUCGUCUCCGGCGGCGGUGGCCAUGCUGUCCGGCGACGUUCCCCCGAACCAGACCAUAUACAUCAGGAACCUCGAGGAGAAGAUCAAGAAAGAAGAGUUGAAGAGGUCACUCUAUGCCUUGUGCUCGCAGUAUGGGAAGAUACUGGAUAUCGUGGCCUUAAAGACUCCCAAGCUGAGGGGGCAAGCGUGGGUGGCAUUCAGCGAAAUCACAUCUGCGACCAAUGCUUUCCGCGGCCUGCGGGAUUUUGAUUUUUACGGCAAAAGCAUGGUAGUACAAUAUGCAAAAACAAAAUCUGAUGUUUUUGCAAAAGCCGAUGGUUCUUAUGCCCCUAAAGAGAAAAGGAAGAAGCAAGAGGAGAAAGCAGCUGAGAAAAAACGACGAACUGAAGAUGCGCAACAACCUGGUCCUAACGCUCCUGUUGCACCAAGCAAUGGAACUGGUGAUCAAUCUUCUCGUUCUGCCAAGCCUCCCCAAGAGCCACCAAACAAUAUCCUCUUCAUCCAGAACUGUCCUGACCAGACGUCGAGCAUGAUGCUGGAGGUCCUGUUCCAGCAGUACCCUGGUUUCCGGGAGGUUCGGAUGAUCGAGGCCAGGCCAGGCAUUGCUUUUGUGGAGUUUGAUGACGAGAACCAGUCCAUGGUUGCGAUGCAAGCACUCCAGGGGUUCAGGAUGAGCCCAGAGAACCCAAUUGCUAUAUCAUACGCCAAAAAAUGAUGAUGAUUCAUGGGAUCCCCAAACUAUCCGAAAAACCUGUAGCUGUAAGAUUUUUCCCACCCUAAGCUUUGAAGCUGCUGUAUUAGCGUUCUAACCCUGUAUUUCCUGGAAGUCAUCUUCACUUGUUGAAGAAGUUAAAGCCUUUGCUACCUGGUUUGGCUCUA